CAGGAAGUGAUUUGACCCGCCCACAGAGGGAACGUUUUUUUUUUUUGCUCUUUACGAGGUUCAGUUCUCUGUGAUGUUGAAAUGAAGAUUGAUGAAAAGAUUCUCACCCACUUUGAAUCUUGCAACUCACCAGUUGAUAAAGAAGGUUACCUCUACAAGAAGGGUGAGAGGAACACUUCCUAUCAGAAACGCUGGUGUGUGCUGAAAGGGAACCUCCUCUUCUACAAGGACCGUCCUGCUGACCGCGACCUGAUAGGAGUGAUUGUUCUGGAGGGCUGCACCGUCCAGCUGUGUGAGUCCGAGGAACAGUUUGCCUUCGCGCUGGUUUGGAGCGAGCCGGGACUGCGGACGUACAAGUUUGCGGCUGAGAACCAGGCCAGCCAGGAGAGCUGGAUCAAAGCCCUGCUGUCAGCCAACCACAGCUAUCUGGUCCUGCUGGUGAUGGACCUGCAGAAACAGUACAGAGAGGCUCUAGCUACUUAUUCCAGUGACCCGGCCAGUGGCUUCGCCAUGUCAAAUUUGGGCGCAGCAGAAGGAGGAUACCCUGCGGCCCAUUUGAGCACACACUCCUCUGCACGCUCUCUGUACGUAACACCAGGUGUGGGAUCAGAGCCAAGUUUGAACUCCAGUCAACUGCUGCAACCGACACCAGUUCCAGCCAAACCGGCGAGUAAGAGAUCGCCCAAACUCCGGCCUAAAAAGGUUGCAAAUGUGAUGCCUGUCACGGAUUCCAUGAUGGAGCAAUCACUGGUCGCAUCAGGUGCCAAAGAGGAUUUUUACAAACUGCAUGAAGAUUUUGGAAAGGAAGUUAAAGAACUGAUUGCUGACUGGUCAAAAAGGGCUGGAGGUGAUGACAUUGUUGGGAACUUAAUAGAUUUUGGAUGAUGUGCAGCAUAUACAUCAUCCAUUCUCAAUUUAAAGUACAACAAAGUUGUACUACAAAAAACAAAACGAGAUGUAAUUCAUGCAAAGAUGCACACU